GCAGACUCGCUGCCGGCUCUUCCCAACACGCAGUCUCAGUGCCGGGUCUACCAGAAGAAGCGUCGCUCAGGCGACGAGGGUGUGCGGGUUCUCAGGCUUCAAGGCCGCGUCUGUCCUGAGAGCGGCCGCGGUGACCAAAGGAGAAGCCUGGUGUCCUGGUUUCCAGCUGUAGGGGUGCACGGGGGGGGGGGGUUGCGGGGACCAUGUUGCUGCGAGGCCGGGUACUGACAUGCGGCCCCUGAGACCGGCCCCGCGGGGUGGCGGCGGGAGUGCGGGGAACCGGGAUACCCGCAGGAUGAAGCUGAAGAAGCAGGUGACGGUGUGCGGCGGCGCCAUUUUCUGCGUGGCCGUUUUCUCGCUUUACCUGAUGCUGGACCGCGUACAGCACGAACCGGAGCGGCGGCAGAGCGGAGUUAGCUUCCCUCGGAGUCAAAUCUCAGUGCUGCAGAAUCGCAUUGAGCAACUAGAGCAGCUUUUGGAAGAAAAUCACCAGAUAAUCAGCCACAUUAAGGACUCUGUGCUGGAGCUGACAGAAAAUGCUGGAGGUUUCCCUGGACUGCUCACUUACCAGGGGAAUGGUUCCUGGGCUAUCCCUGCAGGCAAUCACCCAACUUUCCUGACUGUGUUGCCGCAGGAUUGUCAGUUUGCCCUUGGGAAUAAAGGACACAAAACGGACCUGCAGAUGCUGGAUGUUUACUCACUUUUGAAGUUUGAUAACUUGGAUGGUGGUGCUUGGAAGCAGGGCUUUGAGAUCACAUACAAUGAACACGAGUGGGACAAUGACCCAUUACAGGUUUAUGUUGUCCCCCACUCCCACAAUGAUCCAGGCUGGAUAAAGACAUUUGACAAAUAUUACCAGGACCAGACACAGCAUAUUCUGAACAACAUGCUGCUGAAACUACAGGAGGACCCCAAGCGCCGUUUCAUCUGGGCAGAAAUCUCCUUCUUCUCCAAAUGGUGGGAUAACAUAGACUCUCAGAAAAAGGCUGCUGUCCGCAGAUUAGCAGCUAGUGGUCAGUUGGAGUUUGUGACAGGAGGCUGGGUAAUGACAGAUGAAGCCAACGCGCACUAUUUUGCAAUGAUUGACCAGCUAAUCGAAGGACAUCAGUGGAUGGAGAAAAAUAUUGGAGUGAUUCCAAAAUCAGGCUGGGCAAUUGAUCCUUUUGGACACAGCUCAACCAUGUCUUACCUACUCAAGCGAGCGAAUCUAACUAGUAUGCUUAUCCAGCGAGUGCAUUACUCCAUCAAAAAGCACUUUUCGGCCACUAAAAGUCUGGAAUUCAUGUGGAGACAGACUUGGGACAUUGACUCAAGCACAGAUAUCUUCUGUCAUCUAAUGCCAUUCUACAGUUACGAUGUCCCUCAUACUUGUGGGCCUGAUCCUAAAAUUUGCUGCCAGUUUGACUUCAGGCGUCUCCCUGGGGGGCGAAUCAGCUGUCCAUGGAAAAUCCCACCAAAACCAAUAACUAGUAUCAACGUAGCAGAAAGGGCAAAUUUGCUCCUGGAUCAAUACCGGAAAAAGUCCAAGCUGUACAAGAGCAAAGUGGUCCUGAUUCCAGUUGGAGAUGACUUUCGUUAUGACAAUGCUCUGGAGUGGGACCAGCAGUUCCAGAAUUAUGCAAAACUUUUUGACUACAUGAACUCUCACCCUGAGCUUCAUGUGCAAGUGCAGUUUGGAACGCUAUCUGAGUACUUUGAUGCUGUCUAUAAGAAAUAUGGUGUUAGCCCGGGUAGCAGGCCUCCAACCUACCCUGUCCUCAGCGGAGACUUCUUCACCUAUGCUGACCGUGAGGACCACUAUUGGAGUGGAUAUUUUACCUCCCGACCCUUCUAUAAGAAUCUAGACAGAGCGCUGGAGUCGCACCUCAGAGCAGCUGAGAUCCUCUACAGCUUGGCCUUGAAUCACGCUCGACGCUCUGGUGCAGACAGUAAAUACCCAAUUUCUGAUUAUAGCACACUAACAGAAGCUCGUCGGAAUAUUGGCUUGUUCCAGCACCAUGAUGCCAUUACUGGCACCUCAAAAGAAGUGGUGGUCAUUGACUAUGGGAUCCGAUUGUUUCACUCCCUUAUGAACUUGAAACGAGUGAUAAUUAAUGCAGCUCACUUCUUAAUACUAUGGGACAAAAACGACUACAGAUAUGACCAGUCAUCACUUUUCCUGCACAUGGAUGAUAAACGACAAAAUCAUGACACAUUGCCAGAGAAGGUGGUAAUAAAGCUGGAGUCUCUUCCCAGAUAUGUGGUCGUACUUAACCCCAUUGAGCAAGAACGCCCCUGUGUUAUUUCUGUUCUCGCUACCUCUCCCCAGGUCAGGGUUACAUUAAUCGAUGGAAGCACUCUUCCUACUCAGGUCAGCGCUGUGUGGAAAUCACCAACCGAUAUGGUAACCGACAUAUAUCAGAUCUCCUUUGUCUCUCGACUGUCUGCCCUUGGUCUUGCUGUGUUUCAGCUGACUGAAUCAUUUAACUAUCGUGCGUCAGUAAAAUCCAAUGUGGUCAUCUAUCUGCGCAACAGAGAUGUGACCGUGAGUAAGAAGGAGCCAUUCAGUGUAAAGAUCCUAGAGUCAUCAACUGAUGAUUUCUUUAUCGAAAAUCAGCACAUGCAAGUAUGGUUUAAUGGAGUGACAGGAUUAAUGGAGACCAUCAAGCGGAAAGAUGACCAGCAGAAGCAGAAGGUGCGGGUGGAGUUCAUGUGGUAUGGGACACGGCCAUUUAAGGAUAAGAGUGGAGCAUAUCUCUUCCUUCCUGAUGGUGAAGCUAAAGCCUACAUUUCCAAACAGGCUGCGAUCACCCGUGUAACCAAAGGUCCAUUGUUCUCUGAAGUUGUUACUUUCUAUCAACACUUCCACCAGAUAGUUCGUCUCUACAAUCUGCCAGGAGUUGAGGGACUUUCGUUGGAUGUUUCCAUUGUUGUCGACAUUCACGACCAGAUUAACCGAGAGCUGGCGAUGAGGCUGUCCACCAGUAUUGAAAGUGGAGACACGUUCUACACAGAUUUGAAUGGCUUUCAGAUUCAAGCUAGAAAGUAUUUUCAGAAGCUGCCCCUUCAGGCCAACUUCUACCCGAUGUCGACCAUGGCCUACAUUCAGGAUGAUCGAUUCCGCCUGACGCUACACACGGCACAGUCUCUGGGUGUGUCAAGUAUUCGCAAUGGUCAAUUGGAGGUAAUUUUGGAUCGUCGUCUCAUGCAGGAUGAUAACCGGGGCUUGGGACAAGGGCUGAAAGACAACAAAGUGACCUGCAACAGAUUCCGUAUUUUGCUGGAGAAGAGAUCAGCAUCAAACAAACCUGAUAUCUUAGUGGCAGCAGCUUAUAGAAUUGAUGGGGGCAUGAUGAUUUAUACUUCUGAGUCGUCUCCCCGGGAAUUUCAGGACAGUCAGCCUGUGAGCUUUCCCUCUCUGCUAAGUCACAUUACCUCAAUGCACCUCAACCAUGAGGUUCUGGCGAUGCCGAUUAUACCAAGGCCACAGAAUGUUCCACCCGUCAGAAGCUGGCAUCCACUUGCGACUCCUAUACCCUGUGACUUUCACAUGCUGAAUAUGAGGACAUUACAGUCUGAGGUGGUUUCUGCCCCUGGGUUAGAGAUGGCGCUAAUCCUUCAUAGGAAAGGAUUUGAUUGUGGGCUGGCGGCCAAGAAUCUGGGCUUCAACUGCACUACCACCCAGGGCAAGCUAUCAUUGGAGGGUCUCUUUCAGGGCCUGGACAUUCGGAGUGUGCAACCGAUGUCUUUGUCCCUCCUGUACCCUACUGAGCCCUUCAACAGCAGCCUCGUAUCCAUGAGGCCGAUGGAGAUUUCCACGUUCCGCAUCCGGUUAGUUUGAAUAAUUGUCUGACAGCGCUUCCAAGUUUGGAGCUAGGAAUUAAGAUGCCAACCAGCUACAACAUGAACUGUUGGUCUUUCAUUCCAUAAACCCCUGGGUAGGGGGGCGCGGUGACCAGAGUAGUGGGGCUGAUGUGGUUAGCAUUACGAAAUGUGGAACUGAGGACACAUUUACUGGAACUGAAUUUGUGACUUAUGGACUUAAGAUUGCAUGUGCAGUGAAAGCACAGCAAUAACACCUGUAACCAAUGCACUUUUAAAAGAAAAAAGAUGUAGGUACAAUUUGUGCAUACACCACUACAAUGUGUGAGUUUUACUUUUAUAAGCAGCCCUGAUUUCAUUGUCAACUCAUAACCUUAACAAUGAAAUAGAAUCCUUGGCAUUUGAAAGGGGCAGGGGCUUCGCUUGUAAUGUAAAAAUCAAGCAAUCCAGAACAAAGACGAGUGUGAAUGUAACACUGGUGUGCAAAGGCAUUGAAGCAGUCUGCACAUUCAUAAUCAGUCGAUGGCCAAGUCUGCCAACCAAACUGAGCAGGUGAAGAAAACCUGUAUUCUGAUCUGACUGACAUGCAAUUAAACAUCACAGCAAGGCUGGCAAUGGAUUUCUCGAAGAAUCAUAACACUUGAAAGCGAGACAGGGUAGUCUUUAUAAAGUACUUUUUCUGUUGCAGGUAGAUGUAACAGCAACUGAACCUAAACUCAUUAUUAGCCAGAGACUGUUGCUUUCUGAUGUAUUGUAAAUAUCUUGGAGCCAAUGCGGUAGGCAGUUAACGUUUAGUUGAUCCUUUUAAGACUUGUCUCCCAAGCUUUGACUGAACCUGCAAUUGUUCUGGGACACUUGAACACAUCGGCUUCAUUCAUACAUAUUUCUUAGGGUAUUUGUGCAAUAAUCUCUAGUUUUGCUGCGUGUUCUAAACUUAGUGGUGGGAAGAGUCACUUUGAAAUAGGGAUGUUACAAUAUUUACUUUGGAGAGUAAUGAUCUGCAGAAAUGAGUGGAGAUAAAAACAGAAAAUGUUAUAAAUGUACCACGGACCUGAUUGAGGGACCGCAAGUCAGUGUUCUGGAAUGGCUAUGCCACCGCUAUCAAAGUUCUCCACCUAAAAUACUCCUUCAGAAUGUUGAAGGAGCCACUGUGUGUGUCCUGUCAGCUUUUCUAUGUCCUGUUUUCCACAUUCAGACAUUCUUUUAGCACAGUGUGAUCAAAUUCAUCUAACUUGUGCAGUAAACUUGAAAUCAACAGAAUUAAUUGCCUUGUGGCAUUUCUGAGGAUCUGUCUUUUGAAACAAAAGGGAUUUGAAUGCUUUGGAGGUGAUCAGUUGGUUAUCUUGAAAAGACAGCUACAGUGGAACAUUUGGAUAAGUGGCUGUUGGAAAUUCCCAGUAUAAAAUGAGAAAAAUCCUAUGUUAACAUUUUGGAAAAAUCAUGAAAACAGUUAGGCCUGAAAUUAAAGUUACUAUGUUGAACAAUUUUUUUUUUACAUUGUAAAGUUAUCAUGUUCUGAGUAAAAUGUCAGUGUCAAAUGCACUUGUGUUUUAUUGAAAUUAAUUUAAUCCAGCAAUGUGAAACAGCUUUUUCCAUGCACUGAUCAUAACCGUUAAUUAAGUUUAGGUGUGAGCAAUUGUGAUGUACAUACUUGAGCUGUGGGGGAAUACCAAUGAGACAGCCAGAGACUCAGCCCUUCCAGGUGGACGUGAUGUUUGGGGAAAAUAUUGAGGUAUAUAGCACUGGUGGUACACGAGGAAAGGGGCAGCAGGGCUGUCACAAGUGCAGCAUGCAAUUAUGAAUUAAGAUUGUGCUACAGAGCUCUUGGGACACUGGUAGUACCCCCUACCCCUGGGCCAGAUAGCUAGUUCAAAUCCCAUCUGCUCCAGAGCUGCAUCUUGACAUUUCUGAACAAGUUGAUUUGGAAAAUAUCUGCAAUUAUGCUACUGUGACACUAUGCAUUCAGUGUGUAAACACUUGCAGACUGCUUUUGUCACUUGUUCUUAUUGUGACAUCCUUAGUUAUGGGGGUUAUUUUACAGAAAACCAGAACUUUGUUUAAUAGUACAUGCUCCUGACAUGCAUCAGGUUCACCUUUUGAUCAUAUGUAAAGGAUUCCGUGAUCCUGAUGGGAUUAGACUUGGCAUGUCUUCAGUCUGUGUCCUACAACGUUGACAUUGAAGAAUUGUCCAUUUGUCAGAUAUCAGAAUUUCUGUUAAGAGGGUGAGAAAAACCCAACUGCUGUAAGUUCUAAACUCAAAAAGUCAUCAAAUAAAACAUUACAGAAACUGA